UUAGAUCAUAAACAAAUUGGGUAACAGGUUGUAAAUGACUCAGUCAUAACGGGUUACGGGUUUUAAACGGUUUGGUCAUAACGGGCUACGGGUCGUAAACGGUUCGGUCACAACGGGUUACGGAUUAUAACUGGUUCGGUCACAACGGGUUACGGGUUGGAACGAUUUAGGUUUAUCGGAUUUUUAUCGGGUUUUAACGGUUUUCGGUUUAAAACGGGUCGGGUUACUAUCGGGUUUAAACAUAAUCGGUUUGGAUUGCUUUCAGUUUCGGGUUGUAACGGUUUGGCUUGAUAACGGGUCGGGUUAGUAACGGUUUGCACAAAUUCGGUUUAGUUCAGUUUCGGUUUGGAAAAAAUUGGGUCGGGUCAGUUUUCGGUUUCCAAAAAACAGGUUUUAAACAGUUCAGUUCCUUUUCGGAUCGGUUCGAAACAGUCGGGUUUAACGAUUCGGGUCAGAAACUGACAGCUCUAGGGAUAGAGAAUAUAAUAGAAAUAACUCUAGCACUCCAUAAGUUGGACUAGUUGUCUUGCAAAAACUGGAAAACAUUACAUGGACUCAAUAACUAAGCCCACGUAGCCCAUCCAAAUAAAGAGUAACAAUACUAACAACCAGCUUAGGUACGUCUACACAUUCUCUGCCACACAUUACCCAAUCCCACCAAACUACUUUGGAAAACCAAUCUGAGACAUACACUACACCUCACUUCAUUACAGCAAAUGAAGCAUUCUUCACCAUCCUUCUUCACCUUGACAAACAUCAACUACUAUGCCAUAUAUAUAACUAUAAUGAUACACAUACUCUGCAUAGCAAGCAGCAGCAGCAGCCUUCACCCAAUAGUUCUAGUCCCUGGUAGUGGAGGCAACCAGCUAGAAACUCGGCUGACCGCGAAAUACAAGCCUUCGAGCCUUAUAUGCAGGGCAUAUCCAGGGCCUUUGCACAAAGAUAAAGACGGUUGGUAUCGAAUCUGGUUCGACGCGAGUGUUCUUCUUGCUCCUUAUACAAAGUGUUUUGCUGAGAGGAUGAUGCUGCAUUAUGACCCUGUUUCUGAUGAUUACUUCAAUGCUCCUGGGGUUGAGACUAGAGUUCCACACUUUGGUUCUACUCAGUCCCUUUCUUACCUUGAUCCCAACCUCAAGCUCAUCUCAGGAUACAUGGCACCUCUUGUAGAAUCAUUGGAAGGAAUUGGAUACAUUGAGAGUAAAACCCUCUUUGGAGCUCCAUAUGAUUUUCGCUAUGGCUUAGCCCCAGAAGGCCGUUCAUGCCAUGUCGGUUCCAAAUACCUCCAAGACCUCAAAGAUCUCAUCGAAAAUGCUAGUGCAGUGAAUGGAGGAAAACCAGUGGUAAUUAUAUCCCACAGUUUAGGAGGCCUAUUUGUCCACCAACUUCUUUUACGUAACACCCUAUCAUGGAGACAGAAAUAUAUCAAACACUUCAUUGCACUAUCAACGCCGUGGGGUGGGACUGUCCAAGAAAUGCUCACCUUCGCGUCAGGGUACACCCUAGGAGUCCCCUUAGUCAAGCCAUUGUUAGUAAGGGAAGAACAAAGAAGCUCCGAAAGUAACCUAUGGCUCAUGCCAUGUCCUAGAAUAUUUGGACGUGCCAAAUCCCUAGUGAUCACCACAAAUGCUAAUUACACUGCGAAGGACAUACCAAAAUUUCUUACUGAUAUUGGAUUUUCGCAAGGUGUACAUCCCUAUAAAACUCGAGUUCUACCCAUGGUUGAAAAAUUAAAAGCACCUGAGGUACCAAUCACUUGCAUAAUUGGAAGCGGAGUUGAUACACCGAAGACUUUGUUCUAUGAUGCAAAGGGUUUUGAUAAGCAACCUUCUAUUAUAUGGGGUGAUGGGGAUGGAACGGUGAAUUUGUUGAGCUUGCUAGCAGUUCAAUCUGAAUGGAUGAAUGAGAGAAAUCAACCAUUAAAGAUCAUUAACUUAAAUGGGAUGUCACAUACCUCUGUAUUAAGUGAUCAUAGAUCACUUGAUCAUAUUUUAGAGGUAAUUUUUGAUGUAAAUUCUGAUAUUUUGGAGUCAAAUCGUGUAAUUAGUGGAGGAAAAUUCAAGAAUAUUUAAUACAAAGUACUAUAUAGAGCCAUUAUAGAUAUAUAAUGUUAAAUUGUGA